CUGCCACCAUUCCUUUGGUGUAUGUUCAAGGAAUUAUAGAAUUGCUUGGAUUUAUGUUUCUGUUUAUUAUUUCUUCGGUACUUAACCCUUACUUACAAAACCAGAUUUAGUUCCUGAACAGUGUGGCUUGCAGACAGAAGGAUGAAACGAGUAAUCUUGAAGUUGGAGGCACCAGAAAGCUUUGACGAUGUCGCUAUUCAGUUUUCGGAUGAGGAGUGGAAGAUGCUGAGUGAGCAGGACCGAGCGCUACACCGAGAAGUGAUGGUGCAGAACUUUGAGAACAUGGUGUCACUAGGAUAUGACAUCCCUGUGGAAGACCUCUGUUUACUUUUUGAGAAAAGUGAUUCAGUCCCACCUGGUGAUGCAGAUGAAGGAGGAAUAAUCCAGCAAGUACAGAUUUCUGACGACACAAUCUGCAUCAGCAGGAAUUUAGAUUUUAGUGAAAUUAAGAGCCGACAGUCGCCACAUGGGGAGUUCCUUCAUUCUGAAUGCAGCAAGACUUUUCUGAAUGAGACUUCCUUCACAAGGCAUUACCCAGCGAGGGCUGAAAGUGGAGAGCAGAACUUGGUGGAAUAUAAGGUAUUUAAUAUUAAAACUGAGCUAGAAAUACCCCUGGAAACUAAUGACAUGCUUCUGGAAAAUGAUGGUGGGGAAAUGCCACACAAAUGGAUUAACUGCAACAAUAAAUUAAAUUUUCACAGUGGCAACUUAAUGGAUCACAUAAUUCACUCAGUGAAGAAAGAAAAGAAUGGACUGAUAAACCAUAAACAGUUACUCAGUAGAGAGCAUCCCAUGCCUGACACAUGCUCUGUGGAUAAAAACAGUUCAGUGGAACAUCUGCUUCCUCACAAUGGACAGAAGCUCUACACAUGUGCUACAUGUGGCAAACACUUUGAACAGAAGUGUGCCAUGGAAAGCCAUCAGUUAGUUCACAGUGAUCAUAAACCCUUUAGAUGUAUCACAUGUGGCAUAGGUUUUGUAUAUAAAUCAAGUCUAACAAGGCAUCAACACAUUAUCCACCUGGGGCAGAAACAUUACAACUGUACCACAUGUGGCAAGAAUUUUAAUUACAAAGGGACCUUCUUAAGGCAUCAACAUACCCAUGUGGACCAAAAGCUCUCAAAUUCAACAUGCGGCAAGACAUUUGUAUGCAAGGAUAGCAUGCUAAAGCAUCGAUAUGUCCACACUGAUGAAAAAAGCUAUGAAUGCACUACAUUUGACAAUGGUUUUAUACUUAAGAACAGUCCAGAAGCUCAUGACAAUAUUCAUAUUGGUCAGCAAUCCUUUGAAAGUGUCACAUUUGACAAGAGUUUUGUAAAUCAGGCAAGCCUUGCAGUGUAUGAGAGUAUCCAUGCUAACCAGAAACCUUUUAAAUGUGCCACAUGUGAUAAAGGCUUUACACGCAAAAAUAGUUUGGCAGCACAUAAGAGCAUCCACGCAGGGCAGAAACCAUACAAGUGUUCUACAUGUCACAUGACUUUUGUAUACAAGCAAAGUUUGACACGGCAUCUUCAAUCUGUCCACUUUGGACAAAAACCUUACAAGUGCACCAUUUGUGGCAUGAAGUUUAGUUACAAGGGGACUCUGGUAAAGCAUCAAUAUCGUCAUACUGGCCUGAAAUCCUAUAAAAGUUCAAUGGGCAACAAGAAUUUUACAGAAAAGGUUGAGAUGGUAAAACAUCUGGUGGACCACACGGAUGAGCAACCAUAUGUACACACCACAAUCGACAACGAUUUUGUAAAUAAAGCAGACUUCAUAGAACCUAAUAUCCACUCUGAGCAGAAGCCCUAUAAGUGUGCUACUUGUGACAAAGGUUUUCUAAAUGAGAAAAGUUUGUCAGCACAUGAAAGUAUCCACACAGGGCUGAAACCUUAUUCAUGUGCUACAUGUCACAUGACUUUUGUAUAUAAACAAAGUCUGACGCGCCAUCUUCAAUCUGUCCAUUCUUGGCAAAAACCCUACAAGUGUACCAUAUGUGGAAUGAGUUUUAGUUACAAAGGGACCCUCGUAAAGCAUCAGUAUCGUCACUCUUGUUUGAAGUCCUAUAAAAGUUCAGUAUGUGACAAGAGUUUUACAGAAAAGGGUGAAGUAAUGAAACAUGAGCAACCCUAUGUAAGUGCUACAUUUGACAAGGAUUCUGUAAAUAAGGCAGAGCUUGCAGAAAAUUAUAUUAGCCACCCUGGGCAGAAACCCUAUAAAUGUAUUACAUGUGAUAAGAGCUUUAUAAAUAAGAAAAGUCUGUUAGCACAUGAAAGUAUCCACACAGGGCGGAAACCAUAUAAAUGUACUACAUGUCACAUGUCUUUUGUAUACAAGCAAAGUCUGACUCGCCAUCUUCAAUCUGUCCACCCUGGACAAAAACCAUUCAAGUGCACCAUUUGUGGCAUGAGUUUUAGUUACAAGGGGACCCUAGUAAAGCAUCAGUACCAUCACAUUGGCUUGAAGUCCUAUAAAAGUUUAAUAUGUGACAAGAGUUUUACAGAAAAGGAUGACAUGACAAAGCAUCGAGUGGUCCACACUGAUAAGCAACCCUAUGUAAGCAGUAUGUUUAACAAGGAUUAUGUAAAUAAGGAAACAGAUCUUGCAGAACAUGAUGGUAUCCACCCAGUCCAGAAAACCUAUAAAUGUACUACAUGUGACAAGAGUUUUCUAAACGAGAAAAGCCUGUCAGCACACGAAAGUAUCCACACAGGGCUGAAACCUUACUCAUGUACUACAUGUCACAUGACUUUUGUAUACAAGCAAAGUCUGACACGCCAUCUUCAAUCUGUCCACUCAUGGCAAAAACCCUACAAGUGCACCAUAUGUGGGAUGAAUUUUAGUUACAAGGGGACCCUCGUAAAGCAUCAGUACCGUCACACUGGCCUGAAACCCUAUAAAAGUUCAAUAGGUAACAAGAGUUUUUCAGAAAAGAGUGAAGUGCAAAAAUAUCCAGUGGUCCACACUGAUGAGAAACCAUAUGUACGCAUCACAUUUGACAAGGAGGUUGUAAGUAAGGCAGAACUUGCAGAACAUGCUAGCCACACUGUCCAGAAACCCUAUAAAUGUGCUACAUGUGACAAGAGUUUUAUAAAUAAUAGAAGUCUGUCAGCACACGAAAGUAUCCACACAGGGCUGAAACCUUAUACAUGUAGUACAUGUCACGUGACUUUUGUUUACAAGCAAAGUUUGAAAAGACAUCUUCAGUCUGUCCACUGUGGGCAAAAACCUUACAUGUGCACAGUAUGUGGGAUGAGUUUUAUUUAUAAGGGAACUUUGGUAAAACACUAUCAGUAUUAUCACUCUGGCCCUAAAUAUUGCAGAAGUUCAGUAUCUGACAAAGGUUUUACAGAAAAGGAGGACAUUAUAAAACAUGUGGUAGUCCACACUGACAAGCAACCUUAUGUAAGCACCACAUUUGUCAAGAAUUUUGUAAGUAAUACAAAUUUUGCAGAACAUGACAUGAGCCAUUCUGACGAGAAACCCUAUAAAUGUACUAUAUGUGACAAGGGUUUUACAAAUAAAAAAAGUAUAUUAGUACAUGAAAGCAUCCACACCGGGCUGAAACCUUAUACAUGUUCUACAUGUCACAUGACUUUUGUAUAUAAGCAAAGUUUGACACGUCAUCUUAAGAUUGUCCACUCUGACCAGAAACCACACAAGUGUGAUACUUGUGGCAAAAGUUUUAGUUAUAAGGUAUCCCUGGUAAAGCAUCAGUAUCUCCACUCUGGCCUUAAACUUUAUAAAUGCAAAGAAUGUGACAAGAGUUUUGCACAGAAGAGUAACAUGAUGACACAUCAGUGGAUCCACACUGGUGAAAAACCCUUUAAAUGUAAUACAUGUAGCAUGGGUUUUACACGCAAAAGCAGUCUGGCGGCGCAUGAGAUUAUCCACAAUGACCAGCAGUCCUUUUCAUGUUCAUUACAUGACAAAACAUUUGCACAAAAGUGCAUCAGUGUAGAUCCUCAUAUUUUUCGCAGUAGCCAGAAGCCCUUUAAAUGUACUACAUGUGAUAGGAGAUUUACACAUAAGAGCAGUUUGGUACGGCAUCAGAGUAGCAGUCACAAUAACCAGCAGCCAUACAAAUGUGACAUGUGUGAAAUGUGUUUUAUAAAUCAAAGUAGCCUGGAAUCGCAUAAAUGCUUCCACACUGGAAAUAAAUCCAAAAUGUCUGGAGAAAUUAUAGAAACAGAGAAACCUUAUGAAUGUGCCACAUGUGGCAAGUGUUUUGUAUAUAAGCAAAGUAUGCAGAGACAUGCACUUACUCACACUGGACAGAAAUCUUUCAAGUGUGCCACAUGUAGACAGUGUUUUAAUGAUAAAGGUAGUUUACUAAAGCAUCGCUGUGUCCUUACUGGUGAUAAAUCGUAUGAAAGUAGCACAUUGGACAAGGGUUUUGUAAAUCAGACAAGCUUUGCAGCAUUGGAGAGUAUUGAUACUAACCAGAAGCCCUAUAAAUGUGCUGCAUGUGAUAAAGGCUUUACGAAUAAAAAUAGUCUGGUAGCUCAUGAGAGUAUCCAUGCGGGACAGAAACCAUAUAAAUGUACUACAUGCCGCAUGACUUUUGCAUACAAGCAAAGUUUGACACGCCAUCUUCAGUCUGUCCAUUCUGGGCAAAAACCCUACACGUGUGCAACCUGUGACAAAAGUUUUAGUUAUAAGGUGUCUCUGGUUAAACAUCAGCAUCUUCACUCUGGCCUCAAACCCUAUAAAUGUUCAUUAUGUGACAAGAGUUUUACACAGAAGGGUAAUAUGAUAAAACAUCAACAGGUUCACGAUAGCCAGAAAUCCCUUGACUACACUCUAUCUCAUGGGAGUUUUAAGCCUGAGUGUAUUUUACCAGCAGAUGAGAUUGUGCCCACUGGAGAGAAACCCUUUAAGUGUACUACAUGCGACAAGGGUUUUAUAAAUAAGAAGAGUCUUUUGACGCAUGAAAGUAUCCACACAGGGCAGAAGCCUUAUAAAUGUGUCACAUGUCACAUGAGUUUUGUGUAUAAGCAGAGUUUAACACGGCAUCUUCAGAAAUCACACAAGUGUAAUACAUGAAGUAAGAGUUUUAGCUGUAAAGGGACCCUGGUAAAAUAGCAUUGUCAU